CACUCCUACUUCAUAGCCCCAGAUAUCAACGGCUUGCCCACAAUCCCAGAGAGUGUAAGUCUACCCUUCUGGUCUACCAGCGUGCAAGAACUAGAUCUUACCCUGUCAAAUAGAGCACAAAAUAUAUUGUGCAUGUUGAAUGAAAUUGAUUAUUGAAAUGUUUUUAGUUGGAGAGUGCGGUCCAUUUUAAUUUUCUGUGAAAUACCGUAAACCUAUGACCUGAAUUUGUAAAAAUGGUUACGUCCUCGACUUACAGCAAAGAGCCAUCCCUAAUGCUCAGAGAAGUGUGUCGUUAUAAAGUCACUAACUGUCCUGUCUCUCCCGUUUCCCCAAUCCAGAGGAACCUGACAGAGUAUUUUGUGGCGGUGGACGUCAACAAUAUGCUGCAUCUCUACGCCAGCAUGCUGCACGAACGACGCAUCAUCAUUACCUCAAGCAAGCUUAGCACUGUGAGUGCCUCUUCAUUAUACACUACAGUAUGUUACAGAUUCAUGCCUAAAAGGAACAAUAUAUUAACUAGGGUUUAUGUUUCUGAUUUAAACAUGGCAUUCCUCAUUAAUAUUACAGCACUACAUCAAACGUAAUAUCUAAACGUUCACAGUUUGAAUGCAUGCAUGCACGCACACACACACACACACACACACACACACACACACACACACACACACACACACACACACACACAUAGACAGAGGUCAGUGGUCCUCCAGUCAUCCGGCUCCUCUAUCUCCAGUCUCUGACAAGCAGUAAAGCCAGCACUAAACCAGGAUUAUAUUUGACUGUUUGUCUUAAAGCUGCUAGGUUUUAAUGGCCGACAAGCCCUAAAUUAUCAGUUAUUAGGUAUUUAACUCUCUGCCAUAGUUGCUGUAGAGGUCUUUCUCUCUGUGCUUAUCGUGGCUGACCACAGAACCAAAUAUUUAUGACAGGGAGCUGGAGAGCACGAGUGAUGUCAUCCAUGCUCCUAUCUCUACCGUUCUGCUCCGGUAUCUUACUGCAGGCCGGAAUGCGGAACCGGGGGGGGGAUCCAGAAAAUUACCCGACCCUAAGAGAAUUUCACCUCUCUUCCCCUCUCUCCUCCUCUCUCCCUCUCCUCCACUCACCUCUUUUCUCCCCCCACCCCUCAGCAUGUCAGCCCUUCAGAGCCCCAGCCGUGCCCACUGACUCUGGGGGUUACAGGGUGUAAAUGAUCAGAGCCGCGGGUGACGGCUGUUUUCUUAGCAGACCACCCGUAAGCCUUUUAUCAUUUACAGUCCUUUGUCAUCUGUCCAUCCAUCGAUACAUAAAUGCAGUCCAUUUUAUUAGGAGUGUGUGUGUUUCUCUCAGUCCAUCCCUGGCAUUACUUUUAAAGAGUAGUUUGUAGAAAGAAGAGAGAGAGGAGGCCUCCAGCUGGCCCCUACUACCACUGUCCCUCUGAGAGAUGGUGAAAGAGACAAAAAGGAAAGAGAAAGAUAGAAAUAGAGAGAAGAAGAAGGGGAGAGAGAGGAGGAGAGAGAGCAAGGGAGAGAGACUAGACACUGCAUACAUUAUGUGGGCUCCAGGCAGAGGGGACUGCCUGUGUGUUAGGGCCGCUAGUGAUCCCGCUGUGCCAGUGUAGCAGAACAUGGCGGCACGCCUGCAAGCGCCCAACAGCAAAGGAAUAAAUCAUGAUGGUACAACAAUGCAUCAGUUGACUUAUUGCUGUUUUGUGACCGGAGGUGAGCGGUACCACUGUUUUUGAAAGGCGUGUGGUGGUGCGAUGCGAUGGCCGAGGCAGCCAGCCGAGCGUGCAGGCUUGUCAUGCCGCCGUAUAAUUGUGCUGCAUCAGGCCCCCUCUAACUAGUCAGCUGGGAGGCCCCGUGUCUUUCAUCUCCACCUCCCCUGGCCUCGCCGGGCCCUGGCCCCCUCGGUGGGCAGUCUGCAGGCCCCUGACAGCAGCCUUCUCAUCAUGCUGUCAGUAUUAUGCUAACUAGGACCAUCCAUCCACCACGGUCCUGAGUGCUAGCUGCCUGUCUGCCUGCCUCACCACCGAACAGCGCCUUGGCCCUACAAACGUACUUUUCACUAUUCACUCUCCGCUUCUUCUAGUCUAUCGACCUCCCUGCUUUCUCUCUCCGUCUCCCGUUGCUUUCUUUCUCUCUUGCUCCUAGUUGCUUUCUUUCAGUCUCUCGUUCUGCUUUCUCACUCUGUCACCUUUAUUUCCGUCUCUUGUUCUCUCUUUCUGCUUUUUCUCUCUCUUUCUGUCCUCUCUUGUCCCUAUAGCUACGUUUCUUAUGGUGGCUGGUUGUUAGCGCAUCAUCUGUAGUCUGGGGUUUUGUUCCCCAUUUUUGUAUUUGGUUGCAGAUUGUUUUUGUGUGUGUGCAGGGGUGGGUGUGACUUUGUGUGUGAGGGUGGCCUGGUGUUACUGCCUUGCCCUCCUUCUCUGUGUCUUAGUGCCGUCUACUUGUUAGUGGCACGCCUGUGUGGCUCUGCAGUGACACCAGGCGUUUGUCAACACACGGAGAGAGCAGAGCGGAGGUAAUUGGGGAUCUUCCUUUGGAUGAGGAGAGAAGAAGGGGUGGAGAGGGAGGGAUAGGAGAGAGCAGAGGGUAGAGGACGUGGGAAGGUGUAUGAGGUUGGAGAGAGAGAGGGGAGGAGAGAGAGAGAGAGAGAGAGAGAGAGGGAGGGGGAGGGGGAGGGGGGGGGGGGGGAGAGGAUUGGAGAAAAGGCAGAGAAGAAGGUUUGAGGUUUGUUGAUCUUGCCUAUUCCAGUUAAAGAAUGGUGUGGGUGAGCAGCUGUAGCCCAGUUACUCCUGUAGUCUUUAGUUUGUAGGGCCCUGUCUCGGUGAACAUCGCACUGAGAGUGUGUGCCUGGUUGACUGCUUGUUAAAGCAGAUGUUUUGAAGGCAGAGGAACAAGCUCAUCCGAAUAAGACAACAUAAAGGGUUGUGACGUGCUCUUUGAUGGUUAACAAGUGUCUUUGAUAGUUACCUGUCUGUUGCCACCCACGCUCCCUGUUCAUAUCACUGGUGAACUGCAUUCUUCUGAGCUGCUUGCUUUCACAAAUCAGUUAUUAGUUAUUAGUCCGUUUAUUAGUUCCUUACUGAGUGCACUAUACAAUCAUAACUGUCUUGAGGCAGGUCUCGCAAGGAAAAUAGAUUUUUUUCAAUGAAAUUGAAUUAACAGUGGAUAUUUUGGGGGGCAAAAGUAUCGUCGAACUCCUGACCGAGUUAUUUAGGAAUAGAUUGAUAGUUGGUACACAGUGUGCACAGACUGUUGUCUCCAGUUAAGGGGAAAGAUUGUGUUAAUAUGUUCAGUUUCUCUCUAUCAGUUUAUAGUAUUGUGUGUUUAAUGUGGUCAGUUUAUGGGAGGACUUAGGAGAGCUGUCAAGGCUGGAUGGGCUCUGGUGCCUUCAGAAGCAGGCUGUUGCUGUAUAAUCUCUGACCCAUCUGAGGCUCAUUACUGGGAGGACCCCAGGUCCCAGAGGGCCAAGGCUAGCACCUAAAGCAGGCCUAAUCCACUAUUUGUUCUUGGGGACUGUAUCUGUGAUUCUCCAUUGAAUGGAAUAUUAAGCACCAGGUCUUUUGUGGAGCAUGUAAGCCAUUUGGCUCCACACAUCUAUUAUUUAUUAGCUUGGCAAAUAUUUUAUCAGGCUCCUAGCCCCCCCCCCCCCCCCCCCCCCCCUGUGACCUGCUCUCUAGUGGAGCCCCUGAGAAAGAAAGAAAGAGGAAAAAGUGCUUACAAAUGUCUCUUUUUGAUUUAAUCGUCUCUAAAACCUGUGUGUAGCCAGCUGUAGAUAGACAUGGGUUUGGUUUGGGUUAAAUGUGAGAGGAAGUAUGUGUACUAUGCCUUUGGACUCCUCUACAACCUUAUCUCCUUCCUCCCUGGUUGGUAGGGGGAGAAAGAAAUCACAUCUAGUUUUUGUUUUUAAAAUGUUUCUUAGUUUCAGUAGAACCCCCCCCUUCUACCCCCCCAUCCUUACAAGAGAGAUACGCUGUCUCUUCUCUUUUAACCUGGGAGUGAAGCAGGCCAAUUGGGGGCUAAGUGAGCCUCACCUUGAGGCCUGGCUGUGGCUGAGAUAAUUGCAGUUGGUUAGUUAGUUCUUCUGUCCCAUUACCUCCUGGUACCAACGGCUGAGCCUACUCUCUCUCUGCCUCCCUGAGGAAGGUGUGUAUGUGUGUGUGUGCGUGUGUGCUUGUCUGUGUGUGUGUGUGUGUGUGUGUGUGUGUGUGUGUGUGUGUGUGUGUGUGUGUGUGUGUGUGUGUGUGUGUGUGUGUGCUUGUCUGUGUGUGUGUGUGUGUGUGUGUGUGCGUGUGUGUGUGUGUGCGUGUAUACAAAGGAGGUGUGCACCGCUGAUCCACUGACCUCUCUUCAUCAUUAUUUAAUAGGUUUAUACUGUCACCAUUUACUAGGAGAGGAGAGAAUGGCAAGACAGCUUUGAUACUCUCCUGUCUCCAACUAAUACACUCUCACAUUAAUAUUCAUACAAUUGAUUUAGUUCCUCCUUAGAUAUUUGUUUUUGCUGGGGAAUUAAAUCUGACAGGACUGUAGAAUUGUUGUAUUUUAUUUGAAGGAGGCGGCAAGCGAAUAUGCAUAUGCAGAUAUGUGGAGCAAGACACCAAUUAAAAGUUGAUUAAACCUUAAUGAUUGUGGAACUCUGUGAGAGAUUGCAGGAAAGUAAAAUAUUGCUCCUCUCUCUAAAUAACAAAUGAAAAAGGUUGAACCUCCACCAACCCCCCCCCACACACACACACACACACCUCAUAUGUUAAGAGCUACACAGACGUUCAGGCUCUUUCUUUAAGGGGGGGGGGUGCUCUUUGUGUCGGUUCAGUUCAGUCGCCAAGCUUGGCCGCGUUUGCUCGCUCGCCGGUCACUUGUGACAUUUUGUGUAGUUUGUGUGUGUGUCUGCGGUUCACACUUCCAAGCGUAGCGCCUGCUCCCAGGUCCCAGCGGUAUUCGCCCAGCCCGUAGCGCUAGCGGUCUCUCGACUAACUCAUGUUUCAUUCUUUGGCAAUUUGCCCUAAUGAAGUCCCCACAGAGCCCUCAGACCACUGUUCUCUUUCCAUAUUUAAUCAUGUUAUUUUAAUCUGCAGGAUGAGCUAGCUAGCCUGCCCCUCUGUGUGUGUGUGUGUGUGUGUGUGUGUGUGUGUGUGUGUGUGUGUGUGUGUGUGUGUACACAAGUGUGUACAAAUGUAUACUAGUGUGUGCACGUGCGUGCGCAGGUCAUUACAAUUACUAGGUAGUCAAGAGCCUUUAAAACUCUAGGGUCACAGUCUCUACUCAUCUAUUUGUCUUUUUACAUUAUAUCGUAAAAGAGAGAAUAAAACUAUCCUUUGAAAAUCAACAGUGACUCUUCUGUGUCUAUUUUUCUCCAUUGAUAACUAACAGGGGUUAAUGUUUUGAGUUUCAGGUCGUUUUGUAUCAGGUCUUUGUUGCCUGGCUGACAUUAUCUUCAUCCUUUAUUUCUUGUUGUGUAUCCAUCACAAGGUUUUACACCCCCCCCCCCCACACACACACACACACACACCACUCUUACCUGAUUGAUAUCCAUCUUUCAGUCUCUCUUCUUCAAUUCCUCCUACUGUGUGUGUGCAUGACACCAUUAUCAAGCUGUCAGUGUCAUGUCUGAGUCUUGUUUUGUUGGGAUGAAAGCUGAGCUAUAAAUUGGCAACAGUAACACAACAGAUCAUACAGUCUGUUUCUUGGGGGGGAAGGUUGAACAUUUAGGUGUUUCACUAAAGAUUGAAGCCCCUUAAAAGGUACAUUCAGCAAGAUGACAUCAUCAUACACAACAGAGCCAAUUGCCAUCUUGCUGAAUCUACCUUUAAAAUGAAAACCAGCAUACUUCUAGCCUCGAGUCAGAUUUGAGAAAAAAGGGCUUUGUUAUAACAUGUUGUGUUUGUCCCUCUCGUCCUUCUGUAGUUAACUGCGUGUGUCCACGGCUCUGCUGCCAUGUUGUUCCCCAUGUACUGGCAACACAUUUACAUCCCUGUCCUGCCUCCACAUCUACUGGACUACUGCUGGUAA